UCUGGUUACUUGUAUCAUUGCCCAAAGCCACUCAGCCUUGCUUCACCACGCAGCCAAGGAGAAAGAAGAGAAAGUUCUGAAUUUGCAGCACAUUGUCAAAAUCCAACCAGCCAUCUCUUAGUCUCUCUUCCUUCUUGCGUUGAGUGAGGGAAAACAAAGCUGAGUGUUUACUCCUCUCUAUACAGCAUCAAGCCGAUUAUUGUUCCACUCACAAACCGUGAAAUUGCUAAGCCAAGGACCUCUUGAACCUAAGUUACACUUUUCUUUAUUUCUCGCUUAUCCAUUAGCCGUGAAUCAUCAAAGAAGCAAUCAAGGAAGAAAAUACUUAUAUUCCUUCCUUACCCUACUCCACAAACAGUGAGGCACAUGCAAAGACUAUAAAUAACUAAGUAGACUCUCAUCUCACUGAUUCGGCUGAGACACCUCUCAAAGAGAUGAAUGCGCACCCUUGGAACAUAGGAAAAGGGAUGGGGCUGCUCCUUGCUUGGUUGUGGCCUUUGGUGCGUAUGGGAACCUUAUGCGUGCGGCCUAAGAACCGUACCUUGAUGAGUGGAAUAGGAGGGGAAUUGAGCACCAUGGGGCCGCUGAAUUCUCCAGCCAAAUUGUGCACUAUGGGUGCCCUACUACUAGAUGUGCGAAUCACCACUAGUGUGUGGACUGAUUCUUGCUGCUGUUUGAUUUAUAUUUGGGCAUGCAAGGUGCUUCGGAGCCCUAGAAGAUUGGAGAAGAACGAGGUGGACAUCCGCGUUGGUAAUGGAGCAAGAGUUGCUGCUUAUGCUGUUGGAGAUACCGACCUCAUUUUGCCUACGGGCCUUUUAUUGCAUUUGAAUAAUUGUCUUUAUGUUCCUAGCAUUUCUAGAAACAUUAUUUCUAUUUCUUGUUUAGAACAAGAUGGUUUUGCUUUCACUAUUAGGGAUGAUACAUUUUCUAUCAUUUCGAAUGAUAUUGUUUUUG